UGUGGAGAAACCCACCGCCACCUUCAGUUUCGCCAAUUUCUCUCCCCCCUCCUCCCAAGAAGCCCCUGAAAACUGCAGGUGCUCAAUAACCUUGUGAGUGCCGCCUCGCUGUAUGAAUGUGAGAUAGCGCUGAUGUGCGGGAGCGGGAGUAUCUUUUCUUCAUUCUUCCCAUUCUUCAGACAGUACGCAGGUAGCGCGGAGAAGCUUCCCUAGUCGCGGGGGGAUAUCUGGCGGCCUGAAUACAGUGACGGGACGUAUCGGCUGGAAUAUCUUUUCUCAUUAAGACACCGCGGCUGUCAGGAUUCGAAGGCAACAUUAUAUAUUGCUGAGAAGUCCAUUUAAUCGAUCUGGUUGAAAUAGCGGGUCUCUGUAUCUGGGCGCAGGGAGUUGCCGUUGGGCGAGCUGGCUGAGGAUGGACGGUAGCAGCAGUAGGUAACAGGAUGGUCGCAGGGGAGGUGAGAGGCCACAGCUACCUUGUGGCAUGCUGGCAGCCCAUCCUGAUCUUGAUGCUUGGCACUGUGCUGUCAGGCUCUGCCACAGGCUGUCCGUCCCGCUGUGAGUGUAGUGCCCAGGAGCGCUCCGUUGUAUGCCACCGCAGGAAGCUGCUGGCUAUCCCCGAAGGCAUUCCCAGUGAGACCCGAAUUCUGGACCUUAGCAAGAACCGCCUGAAAACCAUCAACCCGGAGGAGUUCACAAGCUACCCUCACCUGGAGGAGCUCCAACUGAAUGAGAACAUCAUCUCCGCUAUUGAACCUGGGGCCUUCAACAGCCUCGAUGGCCUACGGACUUUGGGGCUGCGCAACAACAACCUGAAGCUCAUUCAGCUGGGUGUGUUCACAGGCCUCAGCAACCUGACCAAGCUGGACAUCAGUGAGAACAAGAUAGUCAUCCUGCUGGACUACAUGUUCCAGGACCUGUACAACCUGAGAAGCUUGGAGGUGGGGGACAAUGACCUGGUCUUCAUCUCCCCGCGAGCCUUUCAUGGUCUCAGCAGCCUGGAGCAGCUCACCUUGGAGAAGUGCAACCUGACCUCUGUGCCCACAGAGGCUUUCAGUCACCUCCACAGCCUCAUUUCACUCCGGCUGCGUCACCUCAACAUCAACAUCAUCAGGGAUUUGUCCUUCAAGAGGCUGUAUCGUCUCAGAGUCCUGGAGAUUGACAACUGGCAAAUUCUGGAUACUAUGACCCCAAACUGCCUCUAUGGACUCAACCUCACAUCCCUGACGGUCACUUCCUGCAACCUUACUGGCAUUCCUUAUGCAGCCCUCCGGCACUUGGUGUACCUGCGCUUCCUGAAUCUGUCAUUCAAUCCUAUUCAGAUUGUUGAGGGAAACAAGCUGCAUGACCUCCUGAGGCUGCAAGAGUUCCACCUGGUGGGAGGUAAGCUGACCACCAUAGAGCCGUACUCCUUCCGAGGUCUCAACUACCUUCGGAUACUCAACGUGUCCAGUAACUCCUUGAGUACUUUGGAGGAGUCUGCCUUUCACUCUGUGGGCAACCUGGAGACCCUGGCGCUGCAUGACAACCCCCUAGCUUGUGACUGCCGCUUGCUCUGGGUCUUCCGCCGCCGCUGGAGACUGAAUUUCAACAAGCAGCAGCCGACCUGUGCCUCACCAGAGGCUGUGCAAGGUAAAGAGUUCAAGGAAUUCCCUGAUGUUCUCCAGCCAAACUACUUCGUCUGUCGCAAGUCCAGGAUCCUGAACCGCAAGGCCCAGCAGGUGUUUGUGGAUGAAGGGACAACGGUCCAGUUUACGUGCCAGGCAGAUGGUGAUCCAGCUCCUGUGGUCAUGUGGCUGUCCCCUCGGAAGCAAUUCAUCACCACAAAAACUGUUGGGCGAAUGUCCGUAUUUCCUGAUGGCACCCUCGAAGUGCGGUAUGCCCAAAUCCAGGACAACGGCACAUACACGUGCAUUGCCAGCAAUGCAGGGGGCAAUGACACAGCACUGGCUCACUUACACAUACACAGUUUCUCUCCUGACUGGCCCCACCAGCCCAACAAAACCUUUGCCUUUAUCUCCAAUCAACCCAGUGACCACAAUUCUAACAGCACCCAAGCCACGGUUCCUUUCCCAUUCGACAUUAAGACUCUGAUCAUAGCCACCACCAUGGGCUUUAUCUCAUUCCUUGGCGUUGUCCUGUUUUGUCUUGUCCUGCUUUUCCUCUGGAGCAGAGGCAAAGGCAACACAAAGCACAACAUUGAAAUUGAGUAUGUGCCCCGUAAGUCUGAUGCUGGCAUGAGCAGCAGUGCAGCAGAUGCCCCUCGUAAGAUCAACAUGAGGAUGAUCUGACCGUCUCUAGGGACCGUCUUUCCUGAGGCAGAGUGGACAGUGAGAGACCAAUUCAAAACAGAUGGCACACCACUCCCACAACAAAUUAACAACAAAUGAGUAGGGAGUCCCUCUCUAACAAACCCCAGGAUCUUGGGCCAUUGUGAUAGACUGUACUGUUUAUUCCUGAGCUGACAGAUGGGGAGGAGAUUUUCUUUUCUCGCCUAAAAUGAUGAAUUAUGAAAGGAAAAAGAAAGAAAGACAUUGUAAAGCACUUUUUUUCCCAAGACUAAUUUCUGCUUAGUUGGCUAUGCAGGCAGGGAUGGAUUAUAAGGUUCAGUUUCUUGUGUAAUUAUAUGAUAGACAGUUGAUGAAAAGAAAGUCAAACAUUAAAAGACAGAGACAUCAGCUAGAAUUCAGAAAGCAAAUAAUCUUUUUCCUUUGCUGUCCUUUUACUUGUUUGUUUUUUUAAUAAUAUCUCUUAAGAAAUUGGGAGCACUCUUUAUGUUUUAUGGGAAGGAAGCUAAGUACAUGGUGGAGUUAUGGGUUGGUGAGCAUAUUAAUAUCAUCACUGUA